GGGGGGAGAAGCGGCGGCGGCGGCGGCCGCAGCGGCUGCAGCUCCUGGGAGGGGGUCGGAGUCGCCUGUCACCAUUUCCAGGGCUGGGAACGCCGGAGAGUUGGUCUCUCCCCUUCUACUGCCUCCAACACGGCGGCGGCGGCGGCGGCACAUCCAGGGACCCGGGCCGGUUCUAAACCUCCCCUCCGCCGCCGCCGCACCCCCCCUGGCCCGGGCUCCAGAGGCCGCCGGAGGAGGCAGCCGUUCCGAGGAUUAUUCGUCUUCUCCCCAUUCCGCUGCCGCCGCUGCCAGGCCUCUGGCUGCUGAGGAGAAGCAGGCCCAGUCGCUGCAACCAUCCAGCAGCCGCCGCAGCAGCCAUUACCCGGCUGCGGUCCAGAGCCAAGCGGCAGCCGAGCGAGGGGCAUCAGCUACCGCCAAGUCCAAAGCCAUUUCCAUCCUGCAGAAGAAGCCUCGCCACCAGCAGCUUCUGCCGUCUCUCUCCUCCUUUUUCUUCAGCCACAGGCUCCCAGACAUGACAGCCAUCAUCAAAGAGAUCGUUAGCAGAAACAAAAGGAGAUAUCAAGAGGAUGGAUUCGACUUAGACUUGACCUAUAUUUAUCCAAACAUUAUUGCUAUGGGGUUUCCUGCAGAAAGACUUGAAGGUGUAUACAGGAACAAUAUUGAUGAUGUAGUAAGGUUUUUGGAUUCAAAGCAUAAAAACCAUUACAAGAUAUACAAUCUAUGUGCUGAAAGACAUUAUGAUACGGCCAAAUUUAACUGCAGAGUUGCACAGUAUCCUUUUGAAGACCAUAAUCCACCACAGCUAGAACUUAUCAAACCCUUUUGUGAAGAUCUUGACCAAUGGCUAAGUGAAGACGACAAUCAUGUUGCAGCAAUUCACUGUAAAGCUGGAAAGGGACGAACUGGUGUAAUGAUUUGUGCAUAUUUGUUACAUCGGGGCAAAUUUUUAAAGGCACAAGAGGCCCUAGAUUUCUAUGGGGAAGUAAGGACCAGAGACAAAAAGGGAGUAACUAUUCCCAGUCAGAGGCGCUAUGUGUAUUAUUAUAGCUACCUGUUAAAGAAUCAUCUGGAUUAUAGACCAGUGGCACUGUUGUUUCACAAGAUGAUGUUUGAAACUAUUCCAAUGUUCAGUGGCGGAACCUGCAAUCCUCAUUUUGUGGUCUGCCAGCUAAAAGUGAAGAUAUAUUCCUCCAAUUCAGGACCCACACGACGGGAAGACAAGUUCAUGUACUUUGAGUUCCCUCAGCCAUUGCCUGUGUGUGGUGACAUCAAAGUAGAGUUCUUCCAUAAACAGAACAAGCUAAAAAAGGACAAAAUGUUUCAUUUUUGGGUAAAUACAUUCUUCAUACCAGGACCAGAGGAAACCUCAGAAAAAGUAGAAAAUGGAAGUCUAUGUGAUCAAGAAAUUGAUAAUAUUUGCAGUAUAGAACGAGCAGAUAAUGACAAGGAAUAUCUAGUACUCACUUUAACAAAAAAUGAUCUCGACAAAGCAAAUAAAGACAAGGCCAAUCGAUACUUUUCUCCAAAUUUUAAGGUGAAGCUGUAUUUUACAAAAACAGUAGAAGAGCCAUCAAAUCCAGAGGCUAGCAGUUCAACUUCUGUAACACCAGAUGUUAGUGACAAUGAACCUGAUCAUUAUAGGUAUUCUGACACCACUGACUCUGAUCCAGAGAACGAACCUUUUGAUGAAGAUCAGCAUACACAAAUUACGAAAGUCUGAAUUUUUUUUUUUUUUAUCAAGAGGGAAAAACACCAUGAAAACAAACUUGAAUAAACUGAAAAUGGACCUUUUUUUUUUUUUUUUUUUUUUUAAAUGGCAAUAGGACAUUGUGUCAGAUUACCAGUUAUAGGAACAAUUCUCUUUUCCUGACCAAUCUUGUUUUACCCUAUACAUCCACAGGGUUUUGACACUUGUUGUCCAGUUGAAAAAAGGUUGUGUAGCUGUGUCAUGUAUAUACCUUUUUGUGUCAAAAGGACAUUUAAAAUUCAAUUAGGAUAAAUAAAAAUGGCACUUUCCCAUUUUAUUCCAGUUUUAUAAAAAGUGGAGACAGACUGAUGUGUAUACGUAGGAAUUUCUCAUUUUGUGUUCUGUCACCAACGGAAGUGGCUAAAAAGCUUUGUGAUGAUACACAGGUUCACAUCCUACCCCUUUGCACUUGUGGCAACAGAUAAGUUUGCAGUUGGCUGGAGGAGUUUCUAAAGGGUUUUGCUACAUUCUAAUGCAUGUAUUUGGGUUAGGGGAAUGGAGGGAAUGCUCAGAAAGGAAUAUAUUUUAUGCUGGACUCUGGACCAUAUAACAUCUCCAGCUAUUUACACGCACCUUUCUUUAGCAUGCUACAGUUAUUAAUCUGGAUAUUUGAGGAAUUGGCCGCUGUCACUGCUUGUUGUUUGUGCAUUUUAUUAUUUUUUUAAAGCAUAUUGGUGCUAGAAAAGGCAGCUAGAGGGAGUGAAUCUGUAUUGGGGUACAGGAAUGAACCUUCCACAACAUCUUAAGAAUCCACAAAUGAAGGGAUAUAAAAAUAAUGUGGUCAUGGAUAAGAAACACAGCAACAAUGACUUAACCAUUAAAUGUGGAGGCUAUCAACAAAGAAUGGGCUUGAAACAUUAUAAAAAUUGACAAUGAUUUAUUAAACAUGUUUUCUCAAUUGUAAUGACUGCUCCAUCUCCUGUGUAAUCAAGGCCAGUGCUAAAAGUCAGAUGCUGUUAUUACCCACAUCAGUCAACAACUUACACAUAUUUUAUUAGUUUUCAGUCAUAUACCUGCUGUGGAUGCUUCAUGUGCUGCCUGCAAGCUUCUUUUUUCUCAUUAAAUAUAAAAUAUUUUGUAAUGCUGCACAGGAAAUUUCAAUUUGAGAUUCUACAGUAAGCAGUUUUUUUUCUUUAAAGAUUUAUGAUGCACUUAUUCAAUCCAAUAGCUGUCAGCCGUUCCACCCUUUUGACCUUACACAUUCUAUUACAAUGAGUUUUGCAGUUUUGCACAUUUUUUAAAUGUCAUUAACUGUUAGGGAAUUUUACUUGAAUACUGAAUACAUAUAAUGUUUAUAUUUAAAAGGACAUUAUUUGUGUUAAAAAGGAAAUUAGAGUUGCAGUAAAUUUCAACACUGCACAAAUAAUAAGGCAUUUACUUUUUCAGUAGAAAUUGUCCCACAUAAUGCUUUUAACGAUUUGCUAUUGAAAGAAUAGAUUUUUUUUUAAAUGUGCAGUGUUGAAUUAUUUCUUCAUAGUGCUAGAGUUAGGACUAGGGCUUCUUUUUCACUUCUUAAAUAUCAUAUAUUUGAUAUGCCCAGACUGCAUACAGUUUUAAGCAGAGUACAACUACUAUUGUAAAGCUAAUGUGAAGAUACUAUUAAAAAGAAUUUUCCCCCAGAAAUUUUGGUGUCUUUCACAUAGUACCUUGACCUUGAAACAUUUGAAUAUCCAGCCAAUUUAUUUCUUAAUGGUGUAAAAUCUCAUUUUCAAUAACUUAUUGGUGCUGAAAUUGUUCACUAGCUGUGGUCUGACCUAGUUAAUUUACAAGUACAGAUUGCAUAAGACCUAUUAAAGCAGCAUUUAUAGGAUUUGAUGGUAAAUAGAUUAGGCAGAACUUCAUCUAAAAUGUUCUUAGUAAAUUAAUGUUGACAUGUUUUCCAUACCUCGUCAGUUUCAUUCAACAAAUUAAAUUUUUAAAUUUUUAACAAAGCUCUUAGGAUUUACACAUUUCUAUUUAAACAUUGAUAUAUAGAGAAUUGAUUGACUGCUCAUAAAUUAAAUUGGUAAGGUUAGAGACAACUAUUCCUAAGAUCUCACCAUUGAAAUUUAUAUGCCACCUUGUCUUUCGUAAAAGCUGAAAAGUGUUGACAGUUGAAAAUCAACCAUUGAUGUUUUGAAGAUAGUUAUUAAUACUGUUAUUUGUUACAGUUUUGGGCACAGUAUAUUAAAACAUAAUUUGUAUUGUUCCGAUAUGUAACAUGGAGGGCCAGGUCAUAAAUAAUGACAUUAUAAUGGGCUUUUGCACUGUUAUUAUUUUUCCUUUGGAAUGUGAAGGUCUGAAUGAGGGUUUUGAUUUUGAAUGUUUCAAUGUUUUUGAGAAGCCUUGCUUACAUUUUAUGGUGUAGUCAUUGGAAAUGGAAAAAUGGCAUUUUAUAUAUAUAUUAUAUAUAUAUAAAUAUAUAUUAUACAUACUACUCUCCUUUAUUUCAGUUACCAUCCCCAUAGAAUUUGACAAGAAUUGCUAUUGACUGAAAGUUUUCAAGUCCUAAUUAAAACUUUAUUUAUGACAGUAUUCAUAAUUAGCCUAAAAUGCAUUCUGUAGGUAAUCUCUGAGUUUCUGGAAUGUUUUCAUAGACUUUUUGGAUGUGCAGCCGCUUACAUGUCUGAAGUUACUUGAAGGCAUCUCUUUUAAGAAAGCUUACAACUGGGCCCUGUACCAUCCCAAGUCCUCUGUAGCUCCUCUUGAACAUUUUUGCCAUAAUUAUUAAAGGGUAGUUGAAUAAAUAGCAUCACCAUUCUUUGCUGUGGCACAGGUUAUAAACUUAAGUGGAGUUUACCGGCAGCAUCAAAUGUUUCAGCUUUAAAAAAAUAAAAGUAGGGUACAAGUUACAUGUUUAGUUCUAGAAAAUUUGUGCAAUAUGUUUAUAACGAUGGCUGUGGUUGCCACAAAGUGCCUCGUUUACCUUUAAAUACUGUUAAUGUGUCAUGCAUGCAGAUGGAAGGGGUGGAACUGUGCACUAAAGUGGGGGGCUUUCACUGCAGUGUUUGGCAGAGUUGCCUUCUACCCUGCCAGUUCAAAAGUUCAAUCUGUUUUCAUAUAGAAUAUAUAUACUAAAAAAUUUCAGUCUGUUAAACAGCCUUACUCUGAUUCAGCCUCUUCAGAUACUCUUGUGCUGUGCAGCAGUGGCUCUGUGUGUAAAUGCUAUGCACUGAGGAUACACAAAAAAUAUGUGUACAGAACAAUGCCUCAUACCAAUCAGAUGUCCAUUUGUUAUUGUGUUUGUUAACAACCCUUUAUCUUUAGUGUUAUAAACUCCACUUAAAACUGAUUAAAGUCUCAUUCUUGUCAUUGUGUGGGUGUUUUAUUAAAUCAGAGUAUAACUUAAAUUGCUUAAAUUAAUUGAAAUUUUAAAUAAUGGGCAGCCUAAUGUGAUUAAUAAGCUUCCUAUAAGUUUUUUUUUUUCCUGCUGUCCUUCACAGUCUAUUAAAACAUGGGCUUUGUCAGCUUGGGAGUAGAGUAUCAGUCUACUCGUGUUUGAGAAAGGCACUUUUUAGGACUUUAGUCAACACUUAAUUGUUCCAAGCACAUUACAUAACAUUCUAAUCUUGAAAAACUUCAAGAUUCUUGAAAAAUUGUUUUUUUGUGUUUUUUUUUUUUAGCUAAGCCAGAUGUCUGCAGAUAAUUCCCCAGAACGGAAUUGAUACUUCAGAUUUCAGUUCGUGGCUUUUUCAUUCUUUACGAUUCUGUAGUCUGCCAUUAACAUACGGGAAGCUUCAUCUACUCAUUGUGACUAGUGCCAUUUAAAAACUCAUAUUCCAGGAGAGUUGAAAGAACUUGGUGUACUUGAAUUCAAUCUCGUUAUUUCUAAUAGUCUUAAAAGCUUAGAGACUAAGGCACAUCCUUUCAACAGAGCAUAGUAAUAAGUAAAAGUGUGGCUGAACAAAUGUUUUGAAAGUAAAGCAGACCAUUUACAUAACAGUGGAAUUUAAUGUUAUUUCAAAUUUACAUUUUUCUCUGACUUUAAAAGUAAAUGUGAAUAAUGUAUAAUAACAUAAGUAUGGUUGAAAACUAUACUGGAGUCUAAAAUUAUUCUGAUUUAUAAGAUCUUGGUGGUUUCUGAAAAAGGAAUUUACUGGCAAUUUUGUUUUUAUUCAUGCUCUUUCUACAGUGUAAUUUGGGCCAGCUUAGUUAAGUGAAUGCCAUCACCAUUUCCAUUGAGAAUUAAAAGAUCACCAGUGUUUAACAUGCAGGCUUCCAAAGGCUUACAAAAAAAUCAAGACCCUUAAAUCUAGUUGAUUUGCUGUGAAUGCGAAACAUUUUUUGUUCUUUUAUUCUUUCCAGACAAUUAACCACACAUCUAAAACUGAGUCUUAAAUAGUUUAUGUUUUGAUCAGAAAUGUUUGUGAAUGGAAACAGACAUUCAGUCUGGACUGGCAUAAGGACAGUACCUAAAAAUUAGUGUAAAGGGUAAUAGAGAAAAAUAUUUUAAACCUUUUAAAGAUGAAAUGUUAGAGACUGAUUUUCCUAUGGAAUUAUAGCUAUAGGAAGCCUGAUGAUGAAGUUGCUUGUCAGUUGUUUUCAGUUCUAGAGCAAAUUCUUCUGUAGCCAUGAUGUUGCUGUUCUUCCAUCUUUCAAGAGACCUUAACAAGCGUAUCAGCAUGUAGGUAGCCGCUUUGACAAGUUCAUAUUGGUUGGCAGCUUUAAAAGUUCAUCAUGUGAAAACAGGAGAGGACGAAAUAGUUUCGUUGGUGGUAAAACAUUUGAUUCUUAAAUUAGUUAUUUUGAGAAUACUUUCCCAUAGCUACAGCAAAAUAAUCACUCAUAAUCCUACCACCUGGAGACAGCCAUUAAUGCAUUAGUGACUAUACAAUCAUUUUUUCUGUAUGUAUGUUUUCAGAAAUGAGAUUUGUACUGUGCAUACUUCUCAAAGCCUUUAAGCUAGUAUUUCUGUCAGGUUUGUAGAAUGUGCAGUUGCAUCAGGAAACGGAAAGAGGCCUGAUUCUUUCUAAUGCUGCAGAUGCAAAUUAUGUGCAGUUACUGAGAGCGCUUUCCGAUUGAGUUAAUCACGAGUGUUCAGAUAUUGUUGGCGUCAGGAUGAUACGUGUCCAAGUAGAUGAAACAGUUACAUGUACUUAGCGUACACAACCUUAACACUGUAGGUAUUUCUCUUUAAACACCAUUUCAAACAUUUGCAUUUUGGGAUUAUAUGUUAAAUAGAUAAACGGGAAUAUUUUAAACACUAUUUUAGUAGUUAUCUUCAUCACCUAUUUCCUUUAUAGGUGGCAAAAGAAGAAUAAGAUUUUCAGUUUCUGUGAUUCCCAAAACAGUUGCUUAAUUUACAGUGAGUUAUUUUAACACCUUAAAAACAAAAAAAACAAAAGCUACUGCUGGUUUAUCACUUUGUUGUCUUUAAAUCUGUGUGCUCCUGUGACUUCCAUCACAUUGAAAACAAUAUUUCAUGAAUAUUUCACUUUUAGCUCUGGAACUUACUAUAUUUAGUAUAAUGGUGGGCUUAUACCAGAACAUACAACUCUUGACAGUUAUUUGAGAAUUUUGGUGAAAAACAAUUUAGCUGGAGGGCAGUACAUAACUUAUAAGCCAAUGUACUGAUAUUUUUAGAACACUUUUACAUAAAUAAAGUGAAGUCAGCUGCCAUCUUUGAGCAUUACCACAUUUUAAAAUAAAGCUGCAUAUUUUUUAAUGAAGUGUUAAGGAUUUAUAUUUUUUUAACUUAAAAAUAAUUUAUUUCUCUUUUGUUUCAUGUGGAUUGUGGAUUUUCAUUUGUCCUUAAAAUGGUUAGAGAUUUUGUUUUGUGGAAUAGAGCAAGGCUUGUGUCAUGACUCUAGCGUUUCAGUUUGUGAAAUCUGUUUACUAUAGUGAUAUUCUUAAAAUGUUUAGGCGUAACUUUCUAUAGCCUGUCAUUUAUUGGCUUUUAUUUAUGUUCACCUUUAGGAUUUUCUGCCUACUGUCUACAGUUCUCCAAAUGAUAUCCCACGUUUACAAAUCCUUCUUCAGUUUCUAUUUUCUUUUACUACUUAAAUUGCCCUAGUGGGCAGUUUUUAAGUGUGUGUGAGGGGAAGGGGUGAGAGAGAGGGAGAGAGAGAAUGUAUGUGUGCUAGACUCCAACUUUAGAAAUUAAAAUAGUUUGAUUCAGGCAAACAGUUCUCACUGGAAGUUCACAGUUCUUUGUAAUAAAAAUGUUAACCCUGGAUGACCUUUGACAUACAGUAAUGAAUCUUGAAUAUUAUUAAUGGGUUUGUUAGCAUCUUGAUGUGUGCAUUCAUGAGUUAUUUUCAAAGUUGUAAAUUUAACCAAAGUUGGUGUAUUUGGAAAUGUUUAUAUCAAGUUCCAUUUGGCUACUGAUGGACAUAAAAAAAUAGAAAUGCUUUCUUAUGGAGAGUAUUUUUUCUUUAACAAGUUAAAAGGAUAAUUAUUUUGAAUAAUUGGCUUUAAACUUUUUAUUCAGCAAGUAUUUAUCAAGUUCCUGCUCUAUAUAACAGAGGCUUGGAGUCUAUUAGUAAUCAAGACAGAUACCCUUUCUUGCCCUUGAGGAGUUUCUAUUCUAGUAGAGGAAACGAACUUUAUUAAAAUAAUUUUAAAUUGUGAUACAUGCUGUGAAAUAUGAGUUGCAUAUGUUACAGUAAUUAUCACCAAACAUUCCAUAUGCUUUCUUAAAUUUCCACCUCCUUGAGGUUAGAUGAGGCCAUUAUAACUAGUUUAUUCCGAUGAAAUAUGUGACAUUUCUGAGGAAAGGCAUUAAAAAUAAAAUUUCUUGUGCAA